GUGCGUGCGUGUGUAAUUUUCCACUGAAUUUCUCAACGUCGCAGCUUGAAAUCGGUCCGGAACUAAUUGCUUUUCGAUUUCCAUUGGCAGCGAGUGUCCCGCGGUCAGUGCCAACUGCUAACGUUUCGUGUUUUUCCGACGAGAACUGGUGGAUUCCCCCGGAAGUAGUGAAACUAGUUUUUUUUUUGCUUCUGCAGGUACGAGACGGGUUAAAAGUGCUGGAAAGUUUUUUCGUAGGCUGUUUUGAGUGUGAAACUUUGUGAUGAAUUACAUUUGUUUCAUCAUCGUGUUGAGCUGUGUCCCUGUUUCUGCACUUACGGGCCUCCGGUGAAGUGCUCGACGCAACACGCAGAGGCUAGAAAAAGACGUGAGACGAAAGAAAAAAAAAAUAUUAGCAACCGCGUAUGAGGAAAAAAAAGUCGUCGCAGAAAGCGAAAAAGGCAGCUAAGCUACUGUCGAUGAGUUUGCUGGUUUUUGAUUACGGUUUUUGUGUCAUACGACGCGGUUCAAGUGCGGAAAGUUGAAUAAGUUUUCAAACGAAAGUAACCCAGCUUUCGGAAUGAGUGUGACCGAGGAGGACGAUUGCUGAGACAACAAUCAAUCUUUGUUAUCGUUGCCGUGCCAAGGAUUCGCGGUUAACGUUCCAAUCGUUUCUGGAUGGAGCUUGUUUAAGUCAAUCGUAAAAUUUAAGAAGAUUAGAAGUCAGCUGUUAUUUGUUUGGCGAAUGCCAACAGACGCAUCUGGUCAAGACAAGACGUAAAAGGACUAGAAAAUAACUCUUCUAAGGAGCAGCCAAAAAUGUGGGGCGCCAGCAAUGGUACCGGCGGCGGUGGCGGUGGUAGUGGUGGCGCAAACGCUCAGACCAGCAACAAAACGCUCGGUAUGACUUCGGCUAUCAGUUUGGCGGAACCGAAACCGGAAGAUCUGCAGAAAACGGCCGAACUAGAGAAGGCUCUCGAACCGUACAACGUGUUCGAGGAGGAAUCGGAGCUGAAUCACCGGAUGGAGAUUCUGGCCAAACUGAACACUCUCGUUAAGCAGUGGGUUCGGGAUGUGUCGAUCGCUAAGAAUAUGCCGGAGGCAGUGGCCGAGAAGUUGGGCGGCAAAAUUUACACAUUCGGCUCGUACCGGUUGGGCGUUCACCACAAGGGUGCGGAUAUUGACGCGCUCUGCGUCGCCCCGCGCAACAUCGAGCGGGCCGACUAUUUCGGAUCGUUCUUCGAGCUGCUCAAGAAGCAACCGGAGGUGACCGAGUGCCGGGCCGUCGAGGAGGCUUUUGUACCUGUAAUUAAGAUGAACUUCGAUGGAAUCGAGAUCGAUCUGCUGUUCGCUCGGUUGGCACUGAAGGAAAUUCCCGACAAUUUCGAUCUGCGCGACGAUAUGCUGCUGAAGAAUCUGGACCCGAAAUCGGUGCGCAGCUUGAACGGGUGCCGGGUGACGGACGAGAUUCUGCGGUUGGUUCCCAAUAUAGACAAUUUUCGUUUGGCACUGCGUGCCAUCAAGCUGUGGGCAAAAAAACACGGCAUCUAUUCCAAUUCACUGGGUUACUUCGGGGGUGUGUCGUGGGCUAUGCUGGUUGCCAGAACCUGUCAACUGUAUCCCAAUGCGGCCGCCGCCACUCUGGUGCAUAAAUUUUUCCUUGUGUUCUCUCGCUGGAAGUGGCCCCAGCCAGUGCUGUUGAAGCAGCCGGAUAACGUCAACCUUGGCUUCCAGGUGUGGGACCCUCGGGUGAGCUUUCAGGAUCGGCUCCAUUUGAUGCCGAUCAUUACGCCCGCUUAUCCGCAGCAAAACUCCACGUUUAACGUUUCGAGCUCGACACGCAAGGUGAUGUUGAACGAAUUCAACCGGGGUAUGCAAAUAACAGACGAAAUCAUGCUCAGCAAGGCUGGCUGGGACAAACUGUUUGAAGCGCCAAGUUUCUUUUUCAAAUAUCGCCACUUUAUUGUGCUCUUGGUAACUUCGAACAACGCGGACGAUCAUCUGGAAUGGUGCGGGCUGGUCGAGUCCAAGAUUCGUUAUCUGAUUCUGAACCUGGAGCGCAAUCUACACAUCAAUUUGGCCCACGUAAAUCCCAAAUGCUUCGAACAGCACGAGCACACCCCGAAGGGCACGAACGGAGAGGUCAAGCAGCUGUGUGCUCUAUGGUUUAUCGGAUUGGAGUUCGAAAGGUCCGAGAAUUUGAAUGUCGACUUGACGGAGAGCAUUCAAAGCUUCACCGAUGCAGUACACAAACAUGCGGUGCACAUAAAGCUGCUCAAGGAUGGUAUGAAAAUCGAAGCUCGCCACGUCCGACGGAAGCAAUUGAGCCAGUAUUUGGACCCGAACCUGCUGAAGCGGGAGAGGAAAAAUUCAGACUCGGGCGUUGUGCUCGCCUUGAAUACUUCGGCGACACAGAAUAGUGCAACUGCUACGACCAGGAAGCGCCUCUCGUCGGAGAUAGCCGGCCAAACGGCCACAGCGAUAAACAAGAAAACAAGAAACGAUUCCUUUGAGCACUGCUUGUCGAACUCGUCCUCGCAGUCGUCACAAUGUUCGGUGGCGGUUUCGGCGUCAUCGCCAAACAGCUCUUCGGCAGCGGCCCUGAACGUUAGCAGCAGUAGUGGCAUUAACAACAGCAUCUCUAGCACUAGUAACAAUAGCACUGCCACCGUCGCUGCUGAACCGGGCUACGGUCAUCUGAACGAUAGCACCACCAGCAGCCACGACAACAGCAACACUGUGGUAACUCUCGACGAAUCGUCGUCGGAAACGACCAGCGGUCAGUCGCAGCCGCUACAACCACCUCCGCAGCCACCACAGCAGCAGCAGCAGCAGCAGCAGGCCGCCGCCGAAGUUGUUUGCUCAUGACCGCCGAAUCCGUUCCGAAAGGUGAACAAUUGCCAGCUGCAUAUUUCUUCACAUCCCCAUCAUCAGUACCCGAACAACAGCAGCAGCAGCAGCAGCAACAGUAGUAGUAGUAAGAUGACGAUUGAUCCUAGCGCCAAUGGAAACGGAACCGGAAGCUACACCAAUGCAAACCGAAUGCAGUUUGCUGAAGUGAAAUCAUCAUAAAAUGAUUGCAUAUCUUCUAGCAGGAUACUCAAACCGAAGGAUCGAUUCUUCAAAUAAAGACGUAGAGAAAAAUUCCUUUGAACAGACAAUGAACUACAGAGAGUCAUACGGUUACGCAGAGAAAUAGAACGAGUAUCGUUUGGGUAAGUUAAGCGAAGAAUAGAAGAAAUGACAAUGGUUGAACGGUGAUUGAUGAUCAGAGGAAAAUGAGCACAGCAAGAGAUAACAUUGAUCAAAGAGUAAACUAUCUUAUAAACAGACACUAUUGAAAGCUGAAACAUUCUGUACAUAGUAACAACUCAAACUCAACUUCAGAACAACUCUGCUAGCUUAGCAGCAAAACUGUUACGAGUUCAUCUAUAAGUGGAUAAGACUUAAAUUACAAACUAUUUAUAUACGCGAGUCCCUUUCGUUUCGAGUAAGAUAAUUUUCAUUUAGCAGCACUUAGAAAGCACAGCUAUUAAUGAUAUCAAUCAUAACUGGUAGGUUUUUUGGUUACUGGCAGAAACAAACCGCAGCGGGUCGAUCGCUUGUUAUUUUCUCAUUUUUAUAUAAACACGGGAAAAGUAACAAAACUAUUCAGUUUUUCGCAAACCGCCAACAACCACUUCGAUUUAGUAGUAGUAGUAGCAGUAGUAGUACACAGCGACCGACGCACGUCACGAUCCCUCCCUCUUUUUCCCAUUUUUAUUUCUCUUUCAGGUGCCCCCUCCCUUCAUUUCGAAUGAGCAAAAGUGCAAUCACCAAAAUGCUGAAACAAAAGUAAAAAAAAAUUAAAGAAAUCAUAAAAGAGAAACAGAAUGAGAGAGAGAAAAAACGGUAAAUAUUUGAUUUGUUUUAUAACACAUAUAACCAUUUUAGUUUAUAGUUUGCGGAAGCAUACUGUCCAGAGACACAGUUCGAUGUGUGUAGACUGUUGUUAGUGGCUGUUUCGAUUAGCAAAGUCCCUUUAUAUUUCCCCUAUUUCAAAUGUUGAAUAACUGCUAGAUUCGCGAUAAGGAUUUUUUUCCCACUCUGACAAAGAAACGAGGAGAGGUGAUGCGAAGUAAUACGAUUAAUUAUUGACAUGAAAGAAAGAAAAAGUUAAAAAAAAACAGUUUUUAUAACAUGUUCUUGGUUCUGUAAAUACUUUUUUUUCCAUUGCUAUGAAAAUGAACUAAGCAGAAGCUAAUUACAAACGUAUGUUAGAAGAUAGAUCUUUGAUAGGGCCACCCAAAAGCGGUGCGCUAUUUGAAGAGAUAGCGAAUGAAGGAGGAAGGUGAAUUUAUGUAACUGAACUUAUAUUAUUUUACUUAAACAAACUAGAACAGAACGGAUCGUACAUGCGGUAGGAAGGGAAUAAACAGAAAACUCAAUUUUAAACGGAUUUUAUUUUCAUAAAAUAAUAUCCACAACAAGACGUCGUGUAACGAAGAAAUAAUUCCUCUUGAAAAGAAAUUUAUCAUAAACAAAAUGUGAAGGUGAAGUGAUUGGAGAAAAAAGCCUACGAUUAUAUCUAAAUGCAUAAAAUAUUAAAAAAAAACAAAAUUUUCAGCAGAAGUUGAUCAUACCAAGGAUGGAGACAAACAAAAAGCAACUCUCUCUCUUAAAUUGUUUAAAUUGUUCCAACAUUCAUUCGAACAUUCGAAGUGAGCGAAAAAAUAUGAACAAAAAAUGCGCAAAAAAAAUAAAAGAAAAUACACCUAUUGAUUGAUUGAUGCGUUUCGAAACUCUCUCAACGUACGGUAAAUUAUACUGAAUCAUGUGAAUAGUUCCACUUGAAACAAUAACCGCAUUGUUGUUGCGUGCGUUUCAGUCAACGCAACGAACGCUACAGAGACAGUUUCCUCCGAGAGAGGUUUCGUAUUGGUGAGAGUGGGUCGUAAGCAAAAAAAAAUGAAAAUUAAAAAAAAAAGAAAACAAAAAACGACCCACGCCCAAUUGAUUUCUCUCUGCCGAGAAAAUUUCGACAGGUUAUCGCAGAAGACGCUAGAAGAUUUGCAGGAACAGGACACACACUAUGUAGAAACUUGUGUAAAAUUCAAUGUAACGCAAACCAACAUUUCGGAGAAAGUUUCAAUAAAGGCAUAUUUAUCCACGUUUCGACGGA